AUGGACGAGGACACCGAUGACGAGAGAAGCCAGGAGCUUCAGUCGAUAGCGGCUAUUUAUCCCGAGAUAGUCGUGGACCCUUCUACGCCAUUUAAAGCAUCCCUUACUCUCCCAAUAAUACCAGUGAACCCCAUAAAGGCGAUAUUCCGAAAGUCCAGUUCUGAGGUCAGCAUCUCAUGCCUUCCUUCACCUCCGUCUACCGAGCCCGGCGAUGUCGAAAUGGGAGAAAAUGGCAUAAAAGAAACUCAAGAAGCUGAGGAGGAUGUGGAUAACGAGGUUUACAACCUCACACACCUUCCUCCUCUCAACCUGGGAAUCGAGCUCCCCGAAGGAUAUCCAGCCGAGAAACCUCCAGCAUUUUCGAUAUCGACAGACCUGAACUGGCUUCCCAUCUCGAAUAUCAACAAAUUAAUCGAAGAUGGAAUGAGGCUUUGGGAAGAGUCAGGGAAUAAUUUGGUCGUGUUUUCGUACAUCGACCACCUCCAAGUUGCGGCAGAAGAAGGUCUGGGUAUAGGCAAUGGCUCAAAGGACGUGGCUGUCUUUCCACAGAACUUGAAGAUAAGCUUGCUCGACUUCGAAAAUAAAGCUCGGAAAGAAGAGUUUGAACAAGAGACCUUUGAAUGUGGAGUGUGCCUUGAACCAAAGAAGGGCAAGGUGUGCCAUAGGAUGCAGCGUUGCCUUCACGUAUUUUGUGUCCAGUGUUUACAGGACUUUUAUAACUCAUGCAUAAAGGACGGUGAUGUUGACAAUGUGAAGUGUCUUUCUCCUGGGUGUGGGAAGGAGAAAGCUGAUGAUACCCAGCCUGGUCUACGGAAGAAACAUGACCUGACUCUGCGUCCUGGAGAGCUGAUACAAAUACCCCUCCCACUUGAGACCGUACAACGCUAUGCACGGCUCAAGAGGAAAAAGAAACUGGAGUCAGAUAAGACGACUAUUUAUUGCCCCCGUCAGUGGUGUCAGGGUGCCGCCCGUUCAAAAAAGCAUCCAAAACCGGUAGAUCUGAUUAACGACGAAGAAUCUUCAGACGAGGAAGAAGAUAAUGCUGCUCCAUUUGAUCCGCUAGGUGCACAGGAGCAAUUACCACCAAUGUCGGAACGGUUGGCUGUCUGUGAAGAUUGCGCUUAUGCAUUUUGCAGUGUUUGCAAGAAAGGCUGGCAUGGGCCGACGAGCAUUUGUUUCCCUCGAAGGGAGAAAGAAUUAUCUGCGGAGGAAAAGGCAUCCGAGGAUUACCUAGACAUAUAUACCUCCAGAUGCCCCACCUGUGCUGCAAGAUGUCAAAAGUCUAUGGGGUGCAACCACAUGAUAUGCUUCCAGUGCAACACUCACUUCUGCUAUCUGUGCUCCAGCUGGCUCUUUGCAAAUAAUCCGUACGCGCAUUUCAACACUGAAAAGACGUCUUGCUAUAUGAGACUCUGGGAGCUGGAGGGUGGAGACGGAGUAGGAGCUCCUCUCCAUAUCGAAGACCCGGACAUUGUGAAUGGAGAGAUUGAGAUGAGUGACGAUGAAGAUGAUACUGCGCACCCACUAGCUGUUCCACCACCUGCACCAGUACCUCCAAGAGCGGGACCCCGAAAUCGCAGACUACCACUACUUGCAGAAGAAGUUGGUCCAGUAAGGCUGGGGUUGCGUGGGGGCGAUGCAAAUCGACGCCGUGCACAACCACGGCGAGCUGCCAAUAACAACAAUAACCAAAAUGGAGCUGAAAAUAACGAACAGGUACCUCCGGAGCAGCUGCGAGGGCUGCAGCGAUUUUUAUACCUUGUUCAGCAUGACCAGGAAGACCAAUGGGACAGUGACGAAAUGGACGAUGAUUUUUGA